UCUUGUGAACCAAACAAACCUGAAAAACACCGCACCAACGGCAACAAGGCGAACCCCUUCUUAAUCUUAUAUCUCUAAAGCCAGAUAGGCCUCUCUUAAGCCCUUCUUAUCUCUCUCAAUUAACAGUGAUAAUUGUCGACUCUGACCGAGAUGCACCGCUUUUAACUCGAUUCCGAACGGUUCUCACAGGCAUUCGUCUUUCUCGUGCAUAAAUCAAAUGCUGACACUAGAAAAAAAGACAGCAGACUACUGAACAAACGGUAGAAUCGUGGUGUAAGAGAGAUGGAGAAGAAGAGCGGAUGGAAGGUGAUGGAGGACAAGGAGGAGGUUGUUCACAGGGGAAUUGCGGCCUCAUUCCUGUGCAUUGCAGUAUUUUCAUUUUUGGUGCGAGUGGCCGUAUCCCUUCAUCCUUAUUCCGGUGCAGGAAAUCCUCCCAAGUAUGGGGACUUUGAGGCACAGAGGCAUUGGAUGGAGAUCACCCUUAAUUUGCCACCCAAGGAAUGGUAUCGUAACAGUACAUCCAAUGAUCUCAGCUACUGGGGACUUGACUAUCCUCCCCUUACUGCUUACCAGAGUUAUGCCCAUGGUCUACUUCUCAGAUUCUUCCAUCCUGAAGCAGUUUCUCUUUUCACUUCUCGAGGCCAUGAGUCUUAUCUUGGAAAACUUCUCAUGAGGUGGACAGUUCUUUCGUCUGAUGCACUGGUGUUCUUUCCUGCAGUUUUCUAUUUCAUUGUUGUGUACUAUACUGGUCGCCCACAUGGCCAUAAAACUGACAUAGCAUGGCACAUUGCAAUCAUGUUACUGAAUCCAUGUCUGAUGCUAAUUGAUCAUGGUCAUUUUCAGUACAAUUGUAUCAGUUUGGGCCUUACUGUUGGAGCUGUUGCUGCUGUUCUCUCUAACAAAGAGCUAUUAGCUUGUUUCUUGUUCAGUCUUGCUCUCAACCACAAACAGAUGACUGCAUAUUUUGCACCUGCAUUUUUCAGCCAUCUCUUGGGUAAAUGUCUUAGGCGCCAAAAUCCUCUUCUUGAAGUAUCGAAACUGGGCCUUGUGGUCUUGGGAACAUUUGCACUUGUUUGGUGGCCAUAUCUCCACUCCAUGGAAGCCUUUUUAAGGGUUCUCUCUCGCCUUGCUCCUUUUGAGAGAGGAAUAUUCGAGGAUUAUGUGGCUAACUUUUGGUGCACCACUUCAGUUCUUAUAAAAUGGAAGAGAAUGUUCACCACAGAAUCGCUGAAGCUUUUUAGCCUGGGUGCUACUAUUUUGACUUGUCUGCCUUCAAUGGUUCAGCAGAUAUGGGCGCCAAGCAGCCAAGGUUUCCUUUAUGGACUGCUGAAUAGUGCAUUCUCAUUCUAUAUGUUCUCAUUCCAAGUGCAUGAGAAGUCAAUUUUGCUGCCUCUCCUGCCUGCAAGCCUUUUGGCACUGGAAGAGCCUUUUCUACUUGAAUGGAUUACACUUAAUGCCUUGUUCUCUAUGUUCCCUCUUCUAUGUCGUGACAAACUGAUUCUGCCAUAUACUGCACUCUCUGCGCUAUUCAUCCUUAUUUGUUACCAUUUGCCAAGCAGAAGACAAGAUAGAAAGGAGACACGCUCCUUCAAUACAUAUAUGACAACCUUUCUUGUAUUAUGCUCUGUUGUUCUUCAUGGCGUUUACUUAACCAUGCAUCCUCCACGUAGAUAUCCUUUCCUUUUUGAAGCUGUGAUUAUGCUUCUUUGCUUCUUGCAGUUCACUUUGCUUACUUUUUACUCUAAUGCAAAGCAAUGGAUGUUGUUGAAACACACCAUUUUGAUGGACAAGGAAAAGAAGCUUCUUUGAUCCUUUGCUUGAAAAAUUAGGUUGAUUCUGUUAGUGCUUCUUGGUUUCAGUCAUUACAUGGAGAUGUAGAUUGGGGGGGGAGGGGGUGCAGCAAACUUGUGUAACUAAAUGAUUUGAGUUGAUUUAUUAAGGGGAGCCAUGACAGGGAAUUGAGAAGAAACAUGCCCCCUUGUUAUGUCUUUUUUCUUUUUCCUUGUUGGUGUUGUAUGCUUUUGUUUUACUUACCUUGCCUCAUCGAAAAAUAAAAGGUGUUGUAGUCCUUGCUUCACAGAUGUGAGCAAAAUCUUUA